AUGGAAUACGACUGGUACGGUGCUGAAGCUCCUGCAGACGACAGGGAACAGCUGGCUGCCGUCGAAGCGUUUCAUUGGUCGAUGAGGAUUGAUUGGCUUGUGAGAGUGGCUUGUCCUGUGGAGUUACUGUGUAAUAACCGGACGCAGUGCGCCGUCGUGGCUGGACCGGAUGCGUUUCCCGACCCCUGUCCCGGGACAUACAAAUACCUGGAAGUGCAGUACGAGUGCGUCCCGUACAAGGUGGAACAGAAAGUUUUCCUGUGCCCAGGGCUCUUACGCGGCGUUUAUCAGAGCGAGCAUCUGUUCGAGUCGGACCACCAGUCGGGAGCUUGGUGCAAAGACCCCCUCCAGGCCUCGGAUAAGAUCUAUUACAUGCCCUGGACGCCGUAUCGCACGGACACCCUCACUGAAUACUCCAGCAAAGAGGAUUUCAUUGCAGGACGACCCACCACGACCUACAAGCUCCCCCAUCGGGUCGACGGCACCGGGUUUGUCGUCUACGACGGCGCGCUGUUCUUCAACAAGGAGCGAACUAGGAAUAUCGUCAAGUUCGAUUUACGCACUCGCAUCAAGAGUGGCGAGGCUAUCAUUGCUAGCGCGAACUACCACGACACUUCGCCAUAUCGCUGGGGAGGCAAGUCGGAUAUCGAUUUGGCGGUGGACGAGAAUGGUCUUUGGGUGAUUUACGCCACGGAGCAAAACAAUGGCCGGAUCGUGAUCAGCCAACUCAACCCAUAUACGUUACGUGUGGAAGGAACUUGGGAUACGGCCUACGACAAACGCUCCGCUUCCAACGCCUUCAUGAUCUGUGGGAUCCUGUACGUCGUCAAGACCGUCUACGAAGACGACGAUAGCGAAGCCACCGGGAAUAAAAUCGACUACAUCUACAACACGGAGCUGAGCAAAGACGGCUAUCUGGACAUCCCCUUCCCGAACUCGUACCAGUACAUCGCUGCCGUGGAUUACAAUCCCAGAGACAAUCUGCUCUAUGUGUGGAAUAACUACCACGUGGUCAAGUAUUCGCUGGAUUUUGCAGUCCUGGAUAACAGGCUAGGGAUGGCUGUGUUCACCUGUCAGGGGCCCGAGGGACUCUGGGACCAGCAGGGGCCCGACCUCAGCAACUGCACCUCCACAUGGGUCAACAUCAUCAACCAGAAGAUCCGAGCGGGUGAACCUGCGGCCAUAAUCUCCCGUGAGCUUUCCGAACAGACCAAGGGUCACAUGCACGCAGGUGACAUCACCUACACCGUCCGGGCCAUGGGUCACCUGAUCGACCUGCUGGACAUCCAGCUCAGGAAUCUCACCCCCGGGGGAAAGGACAGCGCCGCUCGGAGCCUCAACAAGCUGCAGAAAAGGGAACGUUCGUGUCGAUAUUUUGUCCAGGCGAUGGUGGAGACGGUGAAUAACCUGCUGCAGCCGCAGGCGCGGACGGCAUGGAUGGAGCUCUCGAGCGGAGAUCAGCUGCGUGCCGCCACCAUGCUGCUGGACACCGUCGAGCAGGGCGCCUUCGUGCUCGCAGACAACCUGCUGAAGACCGACGUUGUGCAGGAAAACACCGAAAACAUCCAGCUGGAGGUGGCGAGGAUGAGCACAGACGGAAAUCUUCCCGAUCUGAAGUUUCCACAGACGGGAGGCCAAGGGAACGCCAUCCACCUGUCAGCCAACACCCUCAAACAACACGGCAGAAACG